CAGACCUAAUUCUUUAGUAAGCUUAACAAAUGUUUUUAUUUUGGUAUCUCUCUACUACAGCUACGUAAAUAAAAAAUAAGCGCAGUAGUUUCUGCUGUUUUAUUUUCAUAGCAUUGGCUUCGUGGGUGCAUUGCUUUCGCAUAUUUUGAAGAUCCGUCGUGUUUUUGCAAGGUGUAAGGAUGACAUCGCAUUCAGAAAUCUUACAUAUGGUCGCCUGGGUUUUGUUUACUUUGAAAUUCAGCAUUGAUUGCUCUGUCAAUCAAGCCAGAUCCUGACAUUGGAGAUUGGUCGAAGCAGCCAAUAUAACUCAGUUUCUGAUGGCUUUGAGCUUUAACGAGAACAGAUUCACUCCACUUCUCUCUGGAUAACCUAGUCUUGAAAUUUCGGAUCUAUUUUUCUGUCGAGAUGAAUAUUACAACCCAGAUAACAACUAUAUUCAACGUCACGUCUUCAUUGUGUAUGAUGACGUCAUCUUCAAUUAACAAUUCUGGCAACAGUUCAUGUUCAGACAAUAAACCCAUCGACUGCGGACCAUCUCACAAUUCCUUCACAGAAUAUGACGAGUAUAUUGCGGCCCUGUAUAUCAACAAAAAUUAUCUGUACUUUAUCGUGGGAUUGGGCAUCCCUGGAAAUAUCGCAGCCAUUAUUACAGUCUGCAAAAUGAAACCUCUUACUUCCUCUUCCGUUUUUAUGAUCGCAUUGGCAACAAUGGAUUCUUUUAAUCUCAUUAUAAAAGAACUUUAUUAUCAGCUAACUUACUUUGACAUUCAGAUGUUUGACAUAGGGUGUCAACUGAUGAUUUUUCUUGGCACGUUUGCAAUGCAUUACGCAAACUGGAUUCUAGUGGCAAUGACUGCCGAAAGGUUUAUAGCCAUAAAAUUUCCAAUGAAGGUGCAAGAAAUAUGCACCAAGACGAAAGUUGUCAUUGUCCUUGUUGUGCUGGGUCUUGUAUUGGCAAGCCUCAACUCUCAUUUCUUUGCAACAAAGCGGGAAGGAUACACGGCCGUUAGGAAAUACACCUGUAUGAGUAAAACUGACUACGAUCGUUUUUAUACGAAGAUCUGGUAUUGGGUAGAUGGCGUUGUGUAUGCCAUGGCUCCGUUUUGUUUAUUAACCAUUCUGAAUUUCCUCAUCAUCGCUGGCAUAAGAGAUUCUGUUAAGAAACAAAAGGACUUGACCAAUCUUCAGCAGAAACAGUCUAAGCAACACACACAGAUCACCGUCAUGUUGGUAACCGUAUCUGUGGUUUUUACUAUCUUAACAAUGCCCAACUGUAUCUUCUUCAUCUACGAAGGUUACUGGGACUUCCAAGCUAGUUGUUACGAGACGGCAUUGUAUCAUCUGAUUUAUCAGAUCGUUUUUGUUCUUUCGGAUCUGAAUCACGCAGUAAAUUUCUAUUUCUAUUUUCUCAGCGGAAAGAAAUUCCGGAAACAUUUUCUCAGACUGAUAUGCUGUUGUUCAAAGACGAGAUUUCAUGGAACAACUGCGACAACAAUUACAAGAUCAUCUAGAUAUCACAUGUCCGUCACUUCUACACCCAGCAGCCAUUCUUUAGUCGAUCAUGACGCUGCAUACAAUCCUGGCAUUAAAACUAGUAACAGAUGGUAAAGAAUUAAGUGUUUUUCCCCGACUGAUCAUUAUAUAGUAUUCUUUUCUUAUGUAUAAGUAAAGGCUGAUUUGAACAAAUUUGUUAUGAAUGUAUAUUAUGCAAGAUUUCCUGUUAUUGACAUUCCGACUUUAUUGUUGAUGUGAUUAAAGAGAUCACCCAUGUAGUAAAGUAAUAUGAAUUAAGCGCAAUAUAUGUAACUCAUCAAUAUUAUAUUUACAUGUUCGAAAUGAUUGCCCAGCAUGAAUUGAUGAUUUUUUCUCUUUGUUUGACUGUCACAAAACAAAAACUAUAAAGGAAGUCAGGGCUUUGGAAGUAGGGCUUUUAUUUACAAAAGAACUAAAGACUAGGAUGAAAAAUGAAUAUUUUUAUUAUUUUUAUUUAUUUGAAAAUGGUUAUUAAACAUAACUUUUAAAAGAA